AUGACCAAUGGCCUGAAGCCACUCGUUGAUGCACUCCAAUUCAAAGAUACCGCCUACGAAUACUUCACCGCGCCCUCGGGGCCCAAGAGCAUCAACAACGAAGACGAUGCCGCCGAAUCUGUGACGCACUGUCUCCCCGCCCUGCGCCAACUCCUCGACCGCCACGACGGCUUCCUCGUCGCAUGCUACUCGCAACACCCCCUCGUCCCACUUCUCAAGAAUGAGCCCGCGAUAAAAUCGUCUCGCAAGCCCGUCACCGGCAUCUUCGAAGCCAGUGUCGGGACAAGUCUUCAACUCAUCCAUCCGGAUGAAGCUUUCGGUAUUGUGAGCACCGGCAAGGUCUGGGAAGACAUCUUGUCACAAGCGACGGAGGCGUUCUUGGGCACGGCGAGUAAGCGUUUCGCGGGCGUGGAGACGACGGGCCUAAAUGCGACGGACUUGCAUGAUGCGCCGCCAGAUGAGGUCAGGAAGCGUAUGAAGGACGCUGUUAAGAGGCUGUUGAAGAAGGGGAAUGUUGGGGCAGUGUGUUUGGGAUGCGCAGGUAUGGCGGGCAUGGAUAAGAUGGUGAGGGAGGCGUGUGUGGAGGAGUUGGGGGAUGUCGAUGGGCAAAGGGUGAGGAUUGUGGAUGGGGUUGUCGCGGGUGUUGCGUGGUUGGAAGGAGCUGUUAGAGCUGGCUUUUAG